CCGAGCCCGGGUGCAGCGGGUGGCGUCGCCAUGGCGUGCGCUGGACUCCUCACCGUGUGCCUGCUCCGGCCGCCCGCGCCUGAGCGCCUGCGGGCCCCCGCUCCCGCCCCCGACGCCGGGCCCGCCAGAUCGGGGCCCGCCGGACACGCGCUGUUCCAGGACGUUUUCCGAAGAGCAGACAAGAAUGAUGAUGGUAAGCUCUCAUUUGAAGAAUUCCAGAAUUACUUCGCUGAUGGGGUGCUCAGCCCAGGGGAGCUGCGGGAACUGUUCAUCGGCAUCGACGGGCAUCCCACUGACAACUUGGAAACAGAGAAACUGUGUGACUACUUUUCAGAACACCUGGGUGUCUACCGGCCCGUGCUGGCUGCGCUGGAGUCGUUGAACCAUGCGGUGCUCACAGCCAUGGAUACCACCAAACAGGAGUAUGAGCGGGCCUCCAAGGUGGAGCAGUUUGUGACACGCUUCCUGCUGCGGGAGACAGUGGGCCAGCUGCAAGCCCUGCAGACCUCACUGGAGGGGGCGUCAGACACCCUGGAGGCCCAGGCCCUUGGCCCGAGGCUGGAUGAAGAGAGUGUAGAGGUGCUGAGUAGGCCGCGUGGCAGCCGGCGGGCAGGACGCAGGGCUGCGAGGGGUAUCAGCCGGUCACCGACCUGGUCCAGCUCCUCCGACACAGAGCGGAGCUCAGAGGCCGAGAUGCAAUGGCGGCUCCAGGUCAACCGUCUCCAGGAGCUCAUCGACCAGCUUGAGUGCAAGGCACCCCUGUUGGAGCCCCUGUAUGAAGAGGAGCUGGCCAAGGGGCCUGACUCGCACAUCCUCAUGGCCCAGAGGCAGGUCCAGGUGGCAGAGGAGGCCAUGCAGGACUUCCACCGUGCCCUGUGCUGCUACGUGGACUUCACAGGGGCCCAGAGUCAGUGCCUGCAUGUGUCUGCACAGAAGACGUUGGACAAUGCCUCCUUCACCCUGUAUGAGUUUUGGCGGGAUGAGGCCUCCUGGAGAAGGCACCAGCAGUCGGCCUGCAGCAAGGCCUUCCAGCGCAUCCUCAUCGACCACCUGCAGGCUCCAGACACGCUCACCACUGUGUCCUUCCCAGCCUCCUGGUGGAUUAUGAAUAAUAACUGA